ACCAGAGUCUUUGAAGCUAUCUUGUCUUGAUAAAAUAGUAGUGGUGUUUGCCCUGUCAGAAUUUCUCUUGCAAGAAAAUGUCAAGUCAAGUUUUGGUAACUAAUCUUAUCUCCUUGCAAGAUGCAUCCAGCAAAAACAAUCGUCCUUCAUCAGCUAGUUAUCAUCCUUCCCUUUGGAGGGAUCAUUUCAUUAAACAUUCCCUUGACUUCACGGAAAUUGAUGCCACAGCUCAACAAGAAUAUGAAGAUCUGAAACAUGAGGUGAGGACAAUGCUUGAUGAUUCCACCUGUGAUCAUUCAACGAAAUUGCGGUCAAUCAAUGCAGUCCAACUCUUAGGCAUCGAUUACCAUUUCGAGAGAGAAAUCGAAGAUGCAUUACAGAGGAUAUACCAUGAUGGUGAUACAUGCUAUGAUCUUUCUACUGUUGCUCUUUGGUUUCGACUCCUUAGGCAACAAGGAAUCAAUGUUUCAUCUGAGGUCUUCAAGAAGUUCAUGGACAUGGAUGGAAAGUUCAAGGUAGACUUAGUUAAUGAUGUCCCUGGUCUAUUAAGUUUGUAUGAGGCAGCUCAUCUUGGCUUGCAAGGAGAAGAAAUCCUUGAUGAAGCGCUUGUUUUCACUACCUCUAAUCUUCAAUCAAUUGUGACUCAAAUUGAGAUAAGCCCUUUGCUAGUAGAACAAGUAACUCAUGCUUUAAACCAGCCCCUUUGGAAAGGUUUGCCUAGAAUUGAAGCAAGGCAUUAUAUCUCUCUAUACUCUAGAGAUGAUCAUUUUGCUUCCUCUUGUGGAACUUUACUAAAAUUUGCAAAGUUGGAUUUCAACAUGUUACAAUCAUUUCACCAGAAGGAGUUGUGCAACAUCAUGGAGUGGUGGAAAAAAUUGGACUUCACAACAAAGCUACCUUAUGCAAGGGACCGACUGAUGGAAUGUUAUUUUUGGGUUAUAGCAAUCUACUUUGAGCCCAAGUACUCAUUUGCAAGAAUAUUUUUGACCAAAUUAGUAGCAAUAUUAUCUGUCCUAGAUGAUACUUAUGAUAAUUAUGGGACUUAUGAGGAUCUUAAGCUCUUCACCAAAUGUAUUGAAAGGUGGGACAUCAAUGUCAUAGAUCAACUUCCAGAGUGCAUGAAAUUGGUUUAUGAGGCACUCUUAAAUCUUUACAGUGAAAUUGACGAGGAGGUUGCAAAGGAACAGAAACUGUAUGCUAUACGUUAUGCGAAAGAGUCGGCAAGUAUACCUAUUAGCAGAUAUUACCAUAUGAAAAAAAAUGUUAGAGCUUACCUUCUUGAAGCCAAGUGGCGUGAAGAAGGUUAUGUUCCUUCAGUUGAAGAAUAUAUGACAACAGCGGUCAUAUCGAGUUGUGUUCCGAACAUCAUGGUAAAUUCAUUCAUUGGCAUGGGAAAGGUUGCAUCCGAGGAAGCAUUUGCUUGGAUUUUUAAUGAUCCUAAGAUGCUUGUGUCAUGCGCAAUUAUUGGCAGGCUCUUGGAUGACAUUGUCUCACAUGAGUUUGAGCAACACCGAGAUCAUGUUGCCUCAGCUGUUGAAUGCUACAUGAAGCAACAUGGGGUCUCGAGGGAAGAGACUGUGGAGUCAUUUCGCAAAGAAAUUGCGAAGACAUGGAAAGUGUUCAACGAAGAAUGGGUAAAGCCAACAGUUUUUCCGAUGCCUCUCCUUGCUCGGAUUCUUAACUUUGCGCGCAGUAUGGAAGUGAUAUAUAAGAAUGGUGAUGGCUUCACAAUGUCCUACUUGUUAAAGGAUCACGUUACUUCAUUGCUCGUGGAUCCUGUUUUCAUAUGAGGACUUUAUUUCCUGAAACUGUAUUAGGAUAUAAAUAAAGGUAUUUUUAUACCUAACAUCAAUAAUAAAGUUACUUGUAUUCU